CCACAACCACAACCACAUUCUUCCCUAUCGCCAUGGACACUACCCUAAGCUCCAUCGACUCAUGCAAACCGGGGGGGUCCCACCACGGCCCCCCUGCGGCCCCCGACGCCACCCUCGGCCGCCACGUGGCCCGCCGCCUCGUCCAGAUCGGCGUGGAGGACGUCUUCACCGUCCCGGGCGACUUCAACCUCACCCUCCUCGACCACCUCAUCGCCGAGCCCGGCCUCACCAACGUCGGCUGUUGCAACGAGCUCAACGCCGGCUACGCGGCCGACGGCUACGCCCGUGCCCGCGGCGUCGGCGCCUGCGUCGUCACCUUCACCGUCGGCGGCCUCAGCGUCAUCAACGCCAUCGCCGGCGCCUACAGCGAGAAUCUCCCCGUGAUCUGCAUCGUCGGAGGCCCCAACACCAACGACUACGGCACUAAUCGGAUCCUCCAUCACACCAUCGGCUUGCCCGAUUUCAGCCAGGAGCUUAAAUGUUUCAAACCAGUCACGUGCUAUCAGGCUGUUGUGAAUAACUUGGAUGAUGCACACGAACAAAUUGAUAGAGCCAUCUCCAUCGCUCUUAUGGAGAGCAAACCAGUCUACAUUAGCAUCAGCUGCAAUUUGCCUGGUUUGCCUCAUCCUACAUUUGCUAGAGACCCUAUCCCUUUCGCUCUCUCACCAAGAUCAAGCAACAAGCUCGGGCUAGAGGCUGCGGUGAACGCGGCGGCAGAGUUCCUAAACAAGGCGGUGAAGCCGGUGAUGAUCGGGGGGCCGAAGCUCCGGCUGGCCAAGGCCGGGCGGGCGUUCGUGGAGCUGGCGGACGCCUGCGGCUAUGCGGUGGGGGUGAUGCCGUCGGCCAAGGGGCUGGUGCCGGAGCACCACCCCCGCUUCAUCGGGACCUACUGGGGGGCGGUGGGGACGCCCUUCUGCGGCGAGAUUGUGGAGUCCGCCGACGCCUACCUCUUCGCGGGCCCCAUCUUCAACGACUACAGCUCGGUGGGAUACUCCCUCCUCCUGAAGAAGGAGAAGGCCAUCAUCGUGCAGCCCGACCGCGUGGUCAUCGGCAGCGGCCCCGCCUUCGGCUGCGUGCUGAUGAAGGAUUUCCUGCAGGAGCUGGCCAAGAAAGUCACCAAAAACACCACCGCCUUCGACAACUACAAGAGGAUCUACGUGCCGGAGGGCCACCCCCCGAAAAGCGAGCCCAAGGAGCCCUUGAGGGUCAAUGUGCUCUUCCAGCACGUGCAGAAGAUGCUCACGGCGGAUACCGCCGUCAUCGCCGAGACCGGCGACUCCUGGUUCAACUGCCAGAAACUCAAAUUGCCGGAAGGAUGCGGUUGGUAUUCUAGGUAUGAAUUCCAGAUGCAGUAUGGAUCAAUCGGGUGGUCGGUGGGGGCUACCUUAGGGUACGCGCAGUCGGUGCCGAAGAAGCGCGUGAUCUCCUGCAUCGGCGACGGGAGUUUUCAGGUGACGUGUCAGGACGUAUCGACGAUGAUAAGAUGCGCGCAGAAGAGCAUCAUUUUCCUAAUCAACAACGGCGGUUACACAAUCGAGGUAGAGAUCCACGACGGGCCGUACAACGUGAUUAAGAACUGGAACUACACGGGAUUGGUUGAUGCGAUCUGGAACGGCGAGGGCAACUGCUGGACUACUAAGGUGCAGUGUGAGGAGGAGCUGGUUGCGGCGAUUGAGACGGCGAUGGGGGAGAAGAAGGAUUGCCUGUGCUUUAUUGAAGUGAUUUGCCACAAGGAUGAUACGAGCAAGGAGCUGCUGGAGUGGGGAUCCAGGGUCUCCGCCGCCAACAGCCGCCUUCCCAACCCGCAAUAGCUUCCUAGUCACAGAAUAAUAAUUUAAUUACUUAUUCCAUUUCGAUGCUAACAUUCUUUCAGGAAGAUUAUUUAUGAAUAACCCACACUUUUUAAGUUCAACCAUCGAAAAUAAAGGUCUCAAGUUAUUUGAAA